AUGACGUGUUAUCGACACGAUCUGAAAAGGGAAAAUCAGGUGGAGAAGCCGAAUGAUACUCCGGAUACCUUCUGGACUAUUGUUGAGCACUUCACCGAGAUGCAAGAUUCAUUGAUGAAAGUGAGGAAGGGAGGCUUAUAUCAGUAGGAACUAGUCAGGUUGUUUCAGCUCGCCGGAAAUUUAAUUGUUCACGAUCCACCCAGUCAGAUCUUCAAGUUCCUUUUUUUCGGAGUUUUUCGAGUACGUCCAAACUCCUUACCAAUGUCUAACUGUCUGCUCAUUUCAGAAAAAUGCUCUGUUCUUUGCAGCGUUUGCGGGUUAUUAUCUGUACUGGCUGAUAUACACAGACUACAAGUUCAGAGAAAAACGGAAUGACUUCCUUGCCUUUGUCAAUGUCAUAAAACAAUAAGUUCUUUUGAAAACUAAUGUUUUACAGGAGUACCGUGGCUUUUACCUUCGCAAAGCGGGCAUGUUCAUCUACUUUGUGUUCAUCUGUUUGACUCUCUGGUACGCGCAUGACACUCUCCGUUGGGUGAGAAACUAUCGAAGUGUGUACGAUCUGAGGGAAACACGAUUUGAUCAGUUUCUCAAAGGUUUCCGACAAUUAGAGACAAACCGAGUUACCCUUCACUUUCAGAGUAUGACGAAGUAAUCAAUUCAACGGCCGAACGAUUCUUGUGUUAUGAAAACGAAUUGCCGAGUGUUGCGGACGCGUUUCAGCCAUUGCACACGAGAAUCCGACAAUAUCAUCUGCAGAAUAUACCACCUGCACAGUCAAUUAUCAACAAUAUUCUGGAUGUGAUUGACUCUUUCAAAAAAGAAUGUCUAGGAGUGAACAUGACGUGCGGAAAAGAGGAUAAUGUCCUCAGUCUGGCCAAUUCGACACUCCCGAAGAAUCUUGCAGUCCGUCUCGUUCCUAUGAUUCUGAAAUUGAGAGAAUCUUGCAGGAUGACAUCGUCGCGAUAGACACUGAUGUUCUGUUUGAAUGGGAUUCACUGACAGAUGGAUUUGAACAGAUAAUCGCUAAUGUUAUGGAAACAGAUAACAAGUUCGAACGGUACAAAGAGGCGAUUCGUGGAAAGUUGAUGCCUAUAAAAGAUGUCUAUUCAAAGAUCGAACUAUUAUUCUCUUUGCCGGUAUGCGUUACCUCCUGUUGUCAACCCAAUCUACGCAAUUUUUCAGAGCCCUCUGGUCAUUGAGCUUCUUUAUUAUUUACUCUUCAUUUUCAUUAUUCUCGUCAUUUUCCUAUCCUCGUUUUCACUGAUUUGCAUGUUUCGAGGGCACGCAUACCUAUCCAGUAUGGCUAUCAUUCAACUCCAGAACAUUCCCUUUCUUUUCAGGUGUUCAAAUGGAUAAAACAGUUGCCAAAUUUCUGAAAAAAGGCGUAGAUAUCCUUUUCUAUGUUACUUUAAUUGCGUUCAUCUGGCCGUGCCUCAUAAUUCUGAUGAGCAACUCAGCCCACGGUCUCUUUAUAAACGUUCUCAGAGAUCGGCAAAUGGAAGUGAUCGGAAAACUCAAUGUUACGAGUACAUUGAACGACUCCAAAGUGAACUACUUCAACAUGCGGUACAUUCUCAACAGCUGCAAUCGCUCCAUUACAUUUUCAGAGACGUUCUACUGGCUCGCAAUGUCACUGUGCAAGACUUCAUCUCUCUCAAUCCUCGAGAAUUCCGUAAUGGAUAACUUUUGUAUUCAUCUAAUUUGGUUUUCAGUUGAAAAUCAUUUAUCCGUUACGAUUCAAAUUGGUGAGUGGGAAACGCAAAUAAAAGAGGAAAUACUGAAAAGCGAACGCGUUUGUUCACACCUUUUCUCGAUAACUAAUAACUUCGUAAGUCACUUGCCUGAACUUAAAGAUGUACCCAUUUUUAGUGUGCUGGCACCGAGAAACUCUUGACUGUUUACAAAGGCAAAUGGAGUGAAACAAUGAAAUCGUUAGUGAAAAAGCGUUGUUCGUCAUUCUAAUAUCAAUUUAAGAAGAAUGGAAACUGUCAAAAAAGUAUGCCAACUCUCGAAACAAGGAUGUUUUUUCUGCAAAUUCAAGGUGCCCAUCCAAUAAAUUUUGCACGUAACGUUUUCUCUUUGCAGUUAGAAGUAGAGAAUGCUGUGAAAUUAGCAGAAACCUUCGAGAUGAAUAGGUUGUCCGUUGCCAAUGUGAGUUUCAAUCGGACUCCGCAGCAACGACGCAGUUUCAGAGAACUGGAGACGACUUCGGAGGGCUCAGAGAUCUGCAUGAAAAGUACCGAAUGCAGAUGUGGAGUGACUACGUCCUUCCGCUUGCAUUCCUAGAGGUCCCAAGCAGUGAGUAUCAGUUGGAAGUUAUAUUGUUAGUCUCUGAUUUAGUAAUACUUCUCCUCACUCUCUAUGUGCUCAACUUCAUGAUGAUGGCGUCAGUUUUAAUGGUGGAGACGGAUAAUCCGGACAACAGUUGUGCCACUCAGACAGCUUACUACCAGCGUCACACUACGGAACAAGGGCUGUACUGGUAUAAUUACUGA